GCUGUAGAGUCCAUUUUGUCGCAAUUCUGAGUCGGGAGAGAGAGAAGUGAGAUCUCUUCACCGGCCUUUAACACCAAAUAAGCUUCGAGAGUGACGGAUUUGUAGGAGAUAUAGUUUGCUGUGCUUCCUACAUAGUCCGUAGAGGGAGUUUAGAAGCUAACUGUAAAUUCUUUUCUGACGAAAGGCUUUAACAACCAAGCCUGAAGAAGUCGGGUCGGCGACUUCUUGGAGUAUCGUGCGCCGAGGUGAAUUGAUGUUCAGCUCGGCUUCACGAGAAAACAACGCUUAUUGGCACAUGAAAACCUCAGACCCUGCUGGACACAAAUGUGCAGCGAGAGGUAGACAGAAGACUACUUCGAGGACCUGGGGCCCGAUUGGAGGAGAAAGAUUGAAGAGAGACGUCUACUCGGUUAACUUUCUGACAACAAAGAGGUGACACGUAGAGCAAAAGCAGUAUGGGAGGUGGAGAGAGGUACAACAUUCCAGUUACCCACCCUGAGCGCCCUUUGGCCAAGAAGAACCACCAGCUUGGCCGGGCAAAGCAGCGAAGCCGUGACCAGAACGGAGCAGCUGCAUCCGUAGGGGGGGCAGGGGGCCUUCACCACCACGGCCACCGACGGAGCGAGAAAGGCGCUGCCUACCACAGGUCUCCAGAGACACGGCAGGCCGUGUCUGCAGAGAAGAAUGUUUCUGUCCGUUUUUCCACCAACUAUGAUCAGAACUGGGAGGGUGCAGUGUCUCAUCUCAACACACUCCUGGCAACCCAAGGCAGCCCAAGCUAUGCAGGGCCUAAAUUCAGUGAGCCACCUUCACCCAGUGUUUUGCCCAAACCCCCUAGUCACUGGGUGUCUUUCCCUAUCGGCUCCUGUGACAACAGGGAAGUUAUGACCUUCCAGCUCAAGAGCCUCCUGAAGGUGCAGGCCUGAUGGGGGUGAUACCAGUUCUUCAUUUAAAGAAAAAAAAUAAGCCAAUGCAUGGACCCACCCACCAGGAACGCCUCAGUUCUGUAGUAUUUUUUAGCUCUUUUCUUUUUCUCUCCUUUUUUUGGCUGACCUUCAAAGUUGGUGGAUGCUUGACAGGAGCAAUGUUUUGCAAUUCCUGUUUACCAUCCAUUUUAAAAAAACUGAUCAUUUAAAAUUUACAGAAUUGCAGCCUUGCUGGUCGGUGAUGCCUUUAGCGGAGUUUCUGUGACUAUGACAAACUGGAUAUUCUUUGUACUUAUGUUUUGUUUUGUUAUUUUUAAUCUUGGCUGCCAAGGCAGAUUGAGUGUGCUUUUUUCCCCAAACAAGGAUGGUAACAUUAGUCAGGUAAAUUCCCAUCACUUUUACGGUCCACUUCUUUGGACAGACAUGGUGUUUCAUUUAUGUUUCUAUGAAGAAUGAUCUUUGGAGUUAUCUCCUUAAGCUUUAGGUGCUAAAGCAGGUUCAUAUUUGUAGCAAUUUUAUUUCUUUUAAUCAAGGGCCCACUGUUGUUUAUAUAUCACAUUCAUUGUUUGGCUAAAGAAGGCACUCAACUGCAGUUCUGCAGGGAAAAAAAGAUAUUUUACAGGAGAUGAGCUGUAGUGUAACUACAGGUUAAUGGUAUAACCUCAAACGAAGGGUAGUAAGAGACCAUGGCACACUGGCUUUGGACCACCAACUCACGUACCCUUUUUUACUGCGCUGUGCGCACAUGCACUUGGAGUUGAGUGUGUCCAAGGUCUACAGCACUCUUAUCAUAGCAUUAUUUUGUAUAAGUGCUUUCUGUUGUGGUUGUUGAAAGAUGUAUAAUGUGCUGUGUAUAACCAAAGCAAUGUUUUGCUUUUCUUUUUUUGGACAUUUGGGCAGAAGGCAGUGUUGCCAUUUCCACUUGCCAACUCGAAGUGAAUGGUUUGAGGUCUCCUUGAUCACUUGUUCAUCUGUUCUGAUCAGUACCGUUACUGCUCCUCAGUCUCUGCCUCUUCAGGACAGUGCCUGCAGCUCCAACAUGCGGAAGGGGGCCUUGCUUAAAUGUGGGACUACUGAGUUUUGUUUUCUCAAAAAAAACCCACAUUGCCUGGCCCUGUUGGCUGUAUGCUUUUGUGCACAAGGCGAGACAGAGCUAAGGAAUGUUUCUGAAGAGGCCCAAGCGCCUCAAUGUGAGACAGGAGGCUGGUGUUUGUGUUUACAAAUUAAGUCUCAAUGGUUAACUACCCCAUAAUCAACAGACACUUGCUGCCUGUUGUCUCUUGCACUUCUGUCCCUUAACCUUCUGCACUGCAAUCAGACUGUUUUCUUUUUUUCACAAGUUACAGGCCAGGAUGCUGUUCAAUUAACGGAGGCGUAAUUGACUAUCUUCUAUGGAUUCUCUUUCAGUUCUCUGUUGAGGCUCUUUGCUUUCCCUUUGCAGAAUUGGAGCCAUUCAUGGCCAGCUUAAAGAUGACAAAACAAAGUAUGAAAGCUUGUGAGUUCAAGAGCCAUGUAAAUAAUGAACUGUAUAAAACACUUGUAGCAUAUGUACAUUUGCAGGCCAAGUUUGUGGCCUGUUUGACAAAAGUAUUUUUAGUAAUAACACUGAAUGUAUGAGACAUGCUAAGGUCAUGUCUUGACUUCAAUACUGAAGAAUAUUUUUGUUAAAAAAAAAAAAA